AUGGAACCGCAGCGUGCUGUUCUACUGAUCUUCCUCAUAUUGUUCUUCCUCUUCUCUCCAGACACUAGCCAACCUUCCCGAAAUCAGAGAGCGGGAGUUCAGACACAAAUUUUGAGACAGCAUGAAGCUUUGGAGAACCUUAGGAACGCAUCGUACGGCCAACUCGUUCGAGCAAAUAAUGGGAAGAACAACGCAACUAGCUUUGGAGACCCGAACGGGUUUUCCUGGGAUCUGCUGCCUGAAGUACAGAAACGAGCUCGUGCUCAAUACCUCAGACUUUUUCUCGGUACUGAACGUGUGACCGAGAACGAUGUUGCUGUCGGAAGUGAACAAGCCUACGAGGUAGCUGCAAGGAGCUCCUUACCACUCUAUCAGAAUGUUAGUGGAACCAUAAAGGGCGACUUUGUCAGGCAACCAGUUACAGGCCCGAUGCAUGCACCGUCCAAUCUUACUUCAUUGGUACUGGAAAAUAGAUCCGUCAUCAAGGAGUUCUGGAGAAAUGUCACCGAAUAUGAAGGUGGUCUCACUCUGCGAAUCUUCGAGGAAGACAAAGACGGUACGACAGAUCUUGCAGCAAAGGAGAUAAGCGCGGAUGCUGUUGUUCAGACGGAAUCAGCACCUGGUAGUGGGUGGGAAAUGAAAUUGUAUGGUGUACAUUAUCAAAAGAGUGGUUCAAUCAUCUUGACAACCACGAGCGAGAAGUUCCCUGGGAUCUUUACUUUGCCACAUUUUGCUCUGAUCAGAGACGAUUUCGAGAAUGCGCAAGAGCUGCUUAAUCGCUCGCUCAGCAAGACUCUGUCGGAUCGACAGAGGAGCAAUGCAGAUGACCUUGCAUUCCCAUGGAUGUCAAAGGCCGGCGAUGAAAGCACAUCUAUCUUCUCAGCUCCCAGUUGCGAGUAUAUUGUCUACUUGCAGCAACAGCCAGUGCCUCUCCAGAAAUUGAGUCUGAAUCCCUUGCAACAAAUCCAAAUUCUCAUGCAAAUUGAGAAAGAACUUCGUUUCCCCGAAGGUGCCCCUAUUCCAGAGGCUCCACCAAUGGCUUUCAGUGCAGUCAUUUUCUCUCCGGACUGUGGCUUUAUGCUGGAGAGUAGAGAAGGUUUGGAUCCGACCAAAUCGUACUUACUUUCAGGUCCAAAGAUAGAAGCAUUUUGGACCUUAAUCAGACAGCUACUCCUUGCGCUCCUGAUUGUGCUUGGAUUGCAAAUCACGCUGCUGAAACGCCAAAUGGACGAAGCCUCAACUCCAUCUAUGCGAAGCCGCACGAGCUAUCAUAGCAUUGCCAUAAUGGCAAUGGCAGAUGGCCUGAUGUUGGCCACCCUGAUCGCUGUAUCUAUGGUCAAUGACAUUGGCUUUCUGAUCUUGACAUCGGCAGGCUUUUUGUGCUUCUUCAAUUUUGCCUUUUUCGAGAUGAAGUUCAUAUAUGAUAUUUGGCUAGUGCAAGUUGGACAUCAAAGACGGGACGCAGAGGGAAGAUCAGCCCAACAGGCUAACGCAGAUGUGCAGAAUAGUACCACAACGCAGCCGUCGAGUGGCCAUUCUCCUCUCCAACCAUCUACUCAAGUAGCCUCCAAUCCGUCACGCCUACCGUUACCCGUGACAACCUCACGUCCCACUGACUUAGGGGCAACACCCAUCAUUCUGCCGCCGGACCAAGAUAUGGAGGCUGUGACUGAAGGAGACACUACGCAAAACGCAGCCACAGCAGGUACAAAUCCGGGUGCACGUACACGUGUUGACUUUCAGACCUUGUAUUCACGAUUCUAUUUCUCGAUGUUAGUGCUCGUGUUCUUCUCUCUGUGGGCUUCUUCGUGGCCAACAACCUUGCGAUCAGCCUAUGCCAAUGUUCUUUGCUUCACGUAUCUCUCUUUUUGGGUUCCACAGAUAUAUCGGAAUGUCAUCCGUAAUUGUCGGCACGCAUUUACCUGGGAGUACGUUAUUGGCAUCAGCACUUUCAGGCUGAUUCCGGUCAUGUAUUGUUACCUUAAUAGUUCCAAUACGCUGAGUAUCGAAACUGAUCCACACGCCGGAGUCGUUCUUGCAGGCUGGGUCCUUUUGCAGGUUUUAACCCUUGCAAUUCAGCAAUUUCUGGGUCCUCGACUCUUCGUGAAGGAAAGCUGGUGUCCUCCUGCCUACGACUAUCAUCCACUUCUUCAAAGCGACCUUGAUGACGUCGAGUCAGGUUCGUUGCUACCGAUCGGGUUUCUCGCGUCAGCGUCAGAGGCAAAGGAAAAGGAGGAGGACAGUACCAAGGACAAACUGACAAAUAAGAAUAUGAAGAUCUUCGAUUGUGCUAUUUGCAUGAACGAGAUUGAAGUCCCUGUAAUUCCCAGCAAAGAGACAGCCAAGAGAAGCAACCUAGGGGCUAGCUGGCUUGGUAGGAGAACAUACAUGGUCACACCUUGCCGUCACAUCUUUCACAGUGAGUGUCUGGAAGGAUGGAUGCGACUCAGACUGGUGUGUCCAAUCUGCCGAGAGUCGCUACCGCCUCUAUGA